GAAGGGUUCGUUUGGUUCAUGCUCCCAAUUUAAGAACCUUGUGGUAAUCGUACGCGACCAUCUGUUGAUUCACAUCAACGAUAAGGGUUUUGCUUGCAGAUAUUGUGCAGUUUAUACUUAUUUUAUAAAACUAUUCAUCUAUACACGACAGAAAUGAAGGUAUUCCUGCUGGUCUGUUUGGUUGUGGCCGCGCGAGCCAAUUUCUUGGAUUCUGUUGGUCAUGCUUUAAGUGGUGCGGCACAUUCAGUUGGUGACGCUGCAAAGACCGCCGCUGGUGGUGUCGUUGAUGCUGCACAAACUGUUGGAGAUGGAGUUGAAACAGCUGCCCAUGCUGUGGCUGGAGUUCUCCCAGACGUUGCAUCCACUCUUGGGUCAACAUUCAAAGACGUCUGGAACGUAGCUAAGGAUCCACUCAAGGAGGCUGGUGAGCAGCUUUUGAAAGAAGCCGCAGCCUACGCCCUCGAACAAGGAGUAACAAUGGCCCUUGAUGCUCUUGCUGCUGGGAAACGUGAUAUUCCAGAUAGAACAGUUUUGAAGCAGUAUUUGUCAGCGGUCAUUCAAGAUGAAUACCAUAAAUGGUUGAAGGACACUGAAGAUCAGAUAUUGGGAUCCAAGGACGAACUCUUGACGUCAAUGAGCAGGUUCACAUUCCAGGACAUGCCCGAGGAAUUGAAGAAUUAUGUAAACGAUUACGCCAAGGCUAAAAUUGAGGGCAAAAGUGAUGAAUUUGUGGUUAAACAAGCAACCACAGCAUAUGCUAAUGCUUUGAAAGCUCUGAAAAGCCGCCUUACCGACAGAGUUCAAGCCACUAUUGCAAGUUUGACCCAUUGAAAGUGUAUGCUUAGGCAAAAAAGACAAAUAUAAAAAUAAAAGCAAUAUAAUUAUA